GCCCAGGCGAGCAGGGCCGGGGAGAGAACGCGCAGCGCCGCAUCCGCAGCGCGGAGAACCAGCACAGGCAAGUCUCCGCGGUGCCCCGGGAGGGCCCGCACCUCAACAACCAGGGGGCGAUCUGGCACCCGAACUCGGCGACGCCGCAGUUUGCGAGCGUCGCUGAGCCCGGCGCCGGGCUGGGGCCGGUGGACCCCGUCGAUGGCGAUUUGGAAGUGGCACUGGAGGUCUUCGGCGCGCAAGGCGCCGCCGCUGGUGCUGCAACCACCGCGACCGAGGACGAGCCGCCGCCGAACCUGGUGGAGUUUCCGCAGGAGAUGAAGCGGCCAGCCAGCCGGAAGAAGGACCCGUCGGCGUCGGCCGCCGUCGGCCUCGGCAACCUCAACGGCCCGACCCGCAUAAGCGACGCGUUCGCCGAGUCGCAGAAGAGGACGCGGCAGCCCAUCCCGGUGGAGAGUUGGGGCCCGCGCCCACCCUCGCGAGCCGGCGUGCCGCAGAAGUCCGCGCCGCUGGACGGCGGGCACGACGCGCACGGGGACGGCCCGAAGGACCCGGCGCUGUCCCGCAGCCGCCCCGGUGGGCCAGGGCCCGCGGCGGGCAGGCAGGCCGAGAAGGCCCAGGCCGCGCAGGCGUCCGCGCUUGGUGGGACGUGGGCCUGCGCGAGGCAGGAGCCGCUGGGCGCCGGGGAGGCCAGGCGCGGCCGCCAGUCUCGCGCCGGCGGCCCGCCUGGGCCCCACGGCCGCGCCAGCCCCGCGGGCGCCCGGCCGGGCGAGGACCACGCCGACCUCGGCGUCUUCGGGCACGGGCAGCCCCGGCCGAGCAGGCAGCCGGUCUCCAAGAGCACCAGCGGCGCGCUCGAGCCGCACCAGCUCCGCGAGCCGAAGGCGGCGGUGCAGCAGACGGCGUCGCCGCAGCCAGGGGCGUGGGCGUCGGCGCUGAGCGACAGCCCGCAGGGCGUGGGCGCGCUGGAGGUGAGCGGCUCGCACAUCGGCGAGCCGGGCACGCCGGCCACGCCCAGCGGCGGCGGCACGGCGGGGCUGUGGUGCGGCUCGCCGCCGCCCCGCGGCGCCAAGGGGCGCUACGCGCCCGGUGCUGCCGCAGAGCCCGUAUCGGUGGAGGACGUCGAG